GUUAUAGUUGAGACUCAGAUUUUUAAUUAAUAUUUAGUAUAAUACAAUAUUUAAUAUAAAGUGAAUGAAACCAUCGAUCUGCGUUACUGUUAAUAUCUCUAGCUGUUUCUCAAUUGUACAUACAAUACAGUGAUAUAAAUAUAACCUAAACAAAAGCAGUAAUUAUCAUUAAAAACUGCUAUUUUUUUUAUCUUGCGGAGACGUAUUAACAAAUGGAAGAUCACGAACUACUCAAAUGAACGGUCAGAGAUUUAUGAUAACUUGAACUUUAGCGAUUUAUAUACAGCGGCAAUGAUGACUUCGUUACGUUUUAUCUGGCUCAUCAGUUAUCUGACUGUUGCUAGCAGUGUACGGACAUAUGAAAAAAAAGACUUAAUCACCCUAAGGGAGGAAGUGCGAAGCAUGUUUGAUCAUGCAUACACUAGUUAUUUAAAGUAUGCAUACCCUUAUGAUGAAUUACGCUCAUUGAGUUGUAAUGGUUUUGAUACAUGGGGAAGUUUCUCACUGACAUUAAUUGAUGCACUUGAUACAUUAGCUGUUAUGGGGAAUUUUACUGAAUUUCGCAGGGUAGCUGAGAUUAUUGGCACACGAACUGACUUUGAAGCAAACAUCAAUGUAUCUGUAUUUGAAACAAAUAUCAGAGUAGUUGGAGGACUACUAAGUGCACAUUUAUUGUCACAUAAAGCUGGUCUGCAGCUAGAACCGGGAUGGCCCUGCAAUGGACCCUUGUUACGCCUUGCAGAAGAUAUGGCUAAGAGACUGAUUGCUGCUUUUGAUACACCAACUGGUAUGCCAUAUGGAACAGUGAAUUUAAAGUAUGGUGUUCCAGAAGGGGAAACUAGCAUAACAUGCACAGCAGGAAUCGGCACAUUCUUAUUGGAAUUUGGAACACUCUCUAGAUUAACUGGAGAUCCAUUAUAUGAGGAAGUUGCAAUGAAUGCUGUGAAAGCAUUGCAUUAUUACAAGUCGAACAUUGGCUUAGUAGGUAAUCAUGUAGAUGUAUUAACUGGUCACUGGACUGCCCAAGAUUCUGGUAUUGGAGCUGGUGUAGACUCUUACUUUGAGUAUCUUGCAAAGGGUACCUUGCUUCUGCAAGAUCCAUUGUUGGGUGCCAUGUUUCGUGAGCACAGAGCAGCUAUAGAGAAAUAUGUAAGACGAGAGGAUUGGCAUCUCUGGGUCUCCAUGACUAAAGGUCAAGUGACGUUACCAGUUUUUCAAUCAUUGGAUGCAUACUGGCCAGGAGUGCUCAGUCUCUUUGGUGAAAUAGGCGAUGCGAUGAAGUCUCUUCACAAUUAUCAUCAAGUAUGGAAGCAAUUUGGUUUCACACCAGAAUUUUACAAUAUACCACAAGCAGAAGCGGGUACAAAUCGUGAAGGAUAUCCACUCAGACCAGAACUCAUUGAAUCUGUCAUGUAUCUAUACAGAGCCACUGAUGAUCCCUAUCUCAUCCAAGUUGGCGUAGACGUCCUCCGCAGUUUACAGCACAGCGCCAAGACGACUUGUGGCUAUGCAACAAUAAACGACGUGCGCGAUCAUCGUAAAGCUGACAGAAUGGAGUCUUUCUUCUUAGCGGAAACUACUAAGUAUCUUUACCUCUUAUUCGAUCCUGACAAUUUUAUACACGAAUCAGGACAACGCGGGGACGUCGUGGAAACUCAAUGGGGACGAUGUGUCGUUAACGCUGGAGGAUACAUUUUCAAUACAGAAGCUCAUCCAAUUGAUCCUGGAGCAUUGCAGUGUUGUCGACCUACGCAAAAUAUGUUUCCAAGCAAGAAAUCAUCUCUUAGGAGAUUCAUCGUUCCUAAGGAUCAAGAUCUACCGGAAGCAACAAGCGAACCUAUUAAUCAUGGUACUGAUCCUGAAAAUGCGAGAGAAAAUCACAUAAAGAUUAUUAAGUUAUCCGAUAUGAGACAAACGUCCGAGGAAAGUAUAUCUACAAAUAAACAGAGUGAUAUACCUGAAACGGAUACCGAUACUAUUUUAGAACAAGACACUUCUUCUAAAAAUGCGCUUAACGAUAUGGAGAACCUUAAUGAGAGCUCUGCAGAGGAUGCUGAUUUAUCAAAAACUCAAAUUAUAGCGCCACCGAAUGUUAUUUACAAAGCAGACGAUAGUGACACUAUAGAAACUUUUGACUUAGCAUCAGGUAGCAACGAAUAUUCUUCUAGUGAAAGAAAUGAGAGUCGAACUGCAAAUAAUGUUUCUUAUUCGAAGCGAGCAAAAUUCGAACCACAGAUUAUGUUAGAAACUAUUAGGAGAAUCAAUAGGUAUCCUAGAAAUAUGUCAGCUAAGAUUGACUAUCAGUCGCUAUCUUGUCAAUCACAAUCAUUUCUACGACGCAUAUCAAUCGUAGGAGAAUUUUUUGAUUCGUAAAAUAAAAUAAUGUUCCAUAAAGUGAAAAUAUGAAUUGAAAUUACAUGAGUGCGAUAUUUGUUCAUCCGAGACUCGCGUUUAUCUUUUUUACCUUCUUCUAUCGCAAACUACAACCAAUUUCCAUAUUUAUAUUGAAUUUUAUACAACCGACAUAUAAUAAUUCUAAUGACCCGCUUCUUUAUCAUGUCCCAGACAAAUUAUAUCCAAAAAUUGUCUUUCAAGCAUCGAAUGAGACAGAAGUUGUUUUAUAAGCAUCUUAAAGAUAACUUUAGGAUUUACAUAUUAUCUGGGGUAUGCAAUCUUUACACAACGUAUAUUUUCUCUUAUGAUAAAUUCUACAGCAGUGUACUACUGCUAUUUUUCCAUGCAAUGUCGCACUUGUAUCAACAGCGCACGCGCAAUUGAAACGAAGAAAUUUUCAACUUUCUUUUUGUUAUUUUUUCGUUUUACGCGUAAUGAAAUUAAAUUAAUACCAAAGAAAGUACUCUAUACGCAAACACUAUGUUGUACAAUAUAAUGUACAUACUUAUGUGA